UUCGCACCUUGGGCAGUCAUGGGAGCGAUGUGGCAUUCCCUUCGGACGAGCAGUUUGUUGAGAUGGGCUCCCUGGCCGCCGUCGCGAACUGGAUCGACGUGCCGGGUGGGGCCAGGGACGCGUUGUUCGACAUGAUCAUAUGCAACCCCACGGACCACCCUCGCGACUUCGGCAACUUCAGCUGUGCCACUUUCGACACAGGAUUCGAAAGGCUCCAGGUCGGAGUCUCUACGCCAGGUCUGGCGCGUCAUCUCAAAGUGCGAGCCUGGCCCCAUCACCGAGCAG